UAUAUAUAUACUCCUCUAUAUACUCCUCUAUAUAGACUCCUCUAUAUACCUUUAUAGACUCCUCUAUAUAUACUCUAUAUACCUCUACUCCUCUAUAUACCUUUAUAGACUCCUAUAUAUACCCCUCUAUAUAUCUGUAUAUACUCCAUUAUAUAUACUCCUCUAUAUACCAGCAGAUAGGGGCAGAAUAGUUCUGCUCUCACUUAUGUUCAUUCUUUAUAGACUUUUAUCCUUGCUCAUAUAUAAAUAAGUCCAGGAAAGUAAAUACAUUCUACAUCCGCACAGACCUGACACCGCUCAGGUAUUAUAUACUCCUCCUGUCCAUGCUCAGGUAUCAUAUACUCCUCCUGUCCCCUCCCUCCCAUCUGCUGCUGGACACAUCCUGGCUGGAGCCUGAGCCGGAGACAGAUCGGUGACUGUUGUUAGUAACCAGAACUGUACACAGAGAAGACAUGAUCUCAGUCAGUUCCCUGGAGCCAGUAAGUGCUAAGAGGAGAUGAGCGACUUCAAUGCUUUACUGGGCAACCUCGCUCGGACCUGCCAUGAACUGGAACAGAUCAAAGCUCAACAAACAAAGGACCAUGAGCGGGUGUCCAGGUCAUUCGAGAAGACUCUACUUUCCAUCCUCAAACAGGAACAGAGCCUCCUGAAUCAGGUGGAGGAGGAACAUAGACGUCUGAGGGAUCAGCUGUCCGCUAUCCAGAAAGAGAAUGAGCUCGCCCUACAUAAUGGAGUCUGUGAGAUCAACAGCAUAGUUCACAAGAUCUGCAACGUGUCCUCCCAGCUGAAGCAGGCGCUGGUCACCUCCAACGAACGUGUGAUGAGACAAAUCCAGGGAACGCUCUCCGACAUCUUCUCCAAGAAAAACAGCAUCAACAUCAGCCUCAAGAAGGUUCACUUUACCCCAUGGCCCCUCCAGACAACUACCCUGGGGGAGAUACGAUGUGAGGAGCAAACGCUUGGCUUUUCUAUCCCUUGUCUAAACAAAAGGACGGAAUCCAAGAAGGCGACAAACAAACCAGUCCUACUAAUUGAUGAGACCCCACCAUGGGAGGACAUGUCCCAGCCCCCCAAGGAAUGUGUAGGGGGGAAGGUGGAAAAUGUUCAGGAGUGUAUGUCCACCACCACAAACCAAUCUGUGGACCUACAGAAACAACAUGAGGAUCUGAGUCUGAACCUUUCUCCUAGAGAUCCAGCUGUCAUGGAAGCCGACAGCGCAGCCCUGAGUCCUCGGGUGGCCACCAAAAUCUGGAUCACAGACUCAAAGAAAACUGUCCAGAGGCUGAAUAAGAAGCCACAGGGCCCAACAGUGGCAAAUGGAGACCCAACCAACAAAGCAUCCACCCCACAUGUAACCAACAAAGGAGCCAGCGGAAACCCAAAGAAGGAAACAUCUCAGCCACUCCAGUCAUCCACCAAACCUCAACCACGUCUUCAAGGAUCUGGAGUGAAAAAUGAGACCAUGACAAAGCUGGAGUCUGAUAUCCUAAGCAACCUGCAAGAAACCAUAGAGCAAAGUGAUAACAUCCCCGAGACAAUGGAAGAUGGAGGACAUGAGGUCUCUACCGCCUUCCCUGAGCACCAUACUUUGUUUAGAGCGACUGCAGCUUACGUGUGUGAAGAUGAGUGUGAGGGCUCUGAGGACACUGUGGAGGGUGAGGAAACACAUGGGGAGAGGGAUGUCAAGGCUUGUAGACAACUGGUCAUCAAAGACAGUCGUGUCCCAUCAGCCAAGAAGCAAAGUGAUGGAGAACAGGUCACCAGAUGGACUUCAAUGGGCUCCAAUAGUCAAACAAGUGAAUCCGGGGAAAGCACACUCAUCUCUUUCCUAAAUAGGCAAAAUCUGGAAAGCAAUGCUGCCCGAGCGAUGGCCUCAGGCAUUGACUACAUGCGAAUGUCUGACGAGACCUCAGAUUCUCACAGUGGAGACUUUCUGAACGUUCCAAGACCAUGUUCUCCCAGCGAGAGUGUAACGUCCUCAUACACCUUCAUCAUUGAGUCUCCCGUGAAGAAGCCAACAGAGAUCAAGUCCAGUACAUUUUCACGCUCAUCCAAUCCGUUCAACCGAGAGUCUCGAAAAAGACCUCCAGUGAUCCCAUCAGCAGCCGAAAAAUCCGAAAUAAAGUCCAAACAGCCGACUCCGGCCCUGUCCAAUGGAAAGCAGAGACCUGCAACUAAAAUGAGGACUCAAAGGUUACAAGGUACCUGGAGACCUCCACCGCGCUCAUCAUCAAUGCCGUACAUCGAAAGGGCAUCCCGGCCACACACUGCACCCGCUAGGUCCACGAGACCAAUGUCUGCCAAGGAGAGAAGAGAUUCGGUGUCUAGUUCAUCGAGCACAUGGUCCAACCCUAGGAGUGUUGCCACCUCUAUGCCAUCGGGUGCUGUCCGUGAGAUCCGGGUCCGGGUCAGGUCUGCUCAGUAUUAUAGAAAGCCUCCAAAGACUUCUCAGCCACGUCUCAGAUGUAUGAGCCGGAGUGAACCAAACCUUGCUGACUGCCCGCCGGACACUGCUGGAGAUGGCAUCACCAAGCUCUUAAGACAGUUUGGCAAGUUUGGCUCUGGACGGGCAGAGUUAAAUCUGCCCCAUGGUAUUUGUGCCACCAGCUCAGGGUCCAUCUACAUUGUGGAUUAUGGAAACAAGCGGCUCCAGGUGAUGGACACAAGGGGGAAACUUCUCCAACAAUUUGCACUGGAAGCCAAAAAUUAUUUUGAUGUGGCUGUGAGUAACCGGGGCCUGGUGGCCCUAACCAACUCCAGUAACCGCUCGGUGGAUGUGUAUAGCAAACAUGGUCGCCUCCUACAAGUUCUAUCCAGAAACUGGGGUGCCCCAAGGGGCAUUACUGCAAGCUACAGAGACGAGUUCAUAGUGGCGGACAUGAAGUUGGGUACCAUCUGCGCCAUAAUUCUGGACCCUGGCACCGGACGGCAGAAGGAAAGUACAGUGGUCCCUGGCUUCAACAAGCCUUACCUGGUGGGCUCUAAUAGUCAGGGGCUCCUGGCAGUCUCAGAGAGAGGCUUAGAUGGUGGCUGCUGUGUGAAGGUCCUAGGGGAAGACUGGCAAAUCCUCAGGGUUCUGGGCCUCAAAUCCAGCCCAGGCCCCGCUCUUUAUAACCCCUGGGGAGUGUGUAUGGACAGUGAAGGGGGGGUGCUGGUAGCAGACUGGGCACAGGCACAUAGUAUUAUCUACUAUCCCACCAGGAAACCGGCCCGGGUUAUAGUGGCGGACGGUCUCAGCAGCCCCCGAGGACUGGCCUUGUGGCAGGACGGCCUUGUACUGGUGGCAGACAGCAUGCACAACUGUAUUAAGUUAUUUCGGUAUCAGGACCAUGAGCAGUGACCUCCAGAAUUCCUUGUAUGGUCCUCAGGGGCCGGCCUGGAUUAGUGGGGGCCCCCACAGAACAAUGAUAAUAAAAUGGUCUGUUCACUGGUGGAAGGUGACGCGGUGUCUGAUGUUAUUUACUGAACAAUGAGAAGCUCCAGAUGAGUGUAGUGCUCUCUGUUAUCAGCCACUUCAGGCUGUAAAUGUAAUUAUAAGCUCCUCCUCUGAUACUGACUUGGUGGCCCUGUACGGGGCCAAUAUCUCUUCUGUC